UUAACCGAGAUCUGAGAAAGCAGUGUUACCGAAAGCGUAUGAAUUUAGCUGGCCUAAGAACUCGGUUUUGUGGAAAUAAAGCUGAGAAGACCAGAAUUCUGACAAAAUUGUGUAUAUAUUUAGAUUUUUUAUUUUGUUGGAUUCUUUGCAAGUGGAGAAAUGAGCCUGUCGUUAAGGCCCGAACUGUCUACUGAUAAGACUAAACGGAAGAAGAGGAGAGAGCUUACUGAUGAACAGAAGGAUGAAAUAAAAGAAGCAUUCGAGCUCUUUGACACCGACAAGGAUAAAGAAAUCGAUUAUCAUGAACUGAAGGUUGCUAUGAGAGCUCUUGGCUUUGAGGUGAAGAAAGUUGAUGUAUUGAAGAUCUUAAAAGACUAUGACAGAGAAGGAACAGGAAAAAUAACUUUUGAAGAUUUCAAAGAAGUUGUGACUGACAGAAUAUUGGAUAGGGACCCAAAAGAAGAAAUUUUGAAGGCGUUUAAGCUUUUUGAUGAUGAUGAUUCGGGAAAGAUCAGCCUGAGGAACCUGCGCCGUGUGGCCAGAGAGCUGGGAGAAGACAUGAGUGAUGAGGAGCUGAGGGCUAUGAUUGAUGAAUUUGAUGCUGAUGGAGAUGGAGAGAUUAAUCAAGAGGAGUUUAUAUCUAUUAUGACUGGAGACUCCUGAACAUUCUGCUUGGUCACAUCUCACCAAAUAUGUUGUUGCUCAUGAAAAGUGCUCAUAAGGGCCUUUUUCAGAAAAAAAUAUUUUCAGACAGUAAACGGAUGUCUGCCAAACAUGUAAAGCCUGUUGUAUUAUGGUUCUGAAUUAGAUUACUAAAUUGCUAAACUUACUGAAUUAGAUUACUUUCCCAAGAUCUGAGAUCCGGAUCAUAUUCACCUUCAUCAUCAUUUUUGAAGGUGUAGAUAAUGCAAAUCAUUUGCCUUAUUAAUCUGUUUUCCUAUGCGUUUUAGAGAUCCUACAAUAGAUUUUAUUGUACUUAAGGACUUAAGCAUUAGGAAGUGAGACCAGCCUCUGCGUUGUUUCCCAGAAAAGUCACCAGAAAAACGGUAAUGACUGCAUGGCUCACAGUUUGACAAUAACUGAGCAAUUACCUUCUGGUGAUGCUUGAUUGCUUUGGUGUUUUCUAACUGAUAUGAAAGGGUGGCAUCCACUUUGUGUUUAGCCAGCUCUAACAUGCAUAACUGAACCCUUAAAGAGCUUGGCAAUUAGCUGGAGAGAUUUAACUAGAUAUUUUUAUUCAGUACAGUGAAGUUACUAGCAUGCUUCAGGAAUCUUGUCUGACAACCCUGCAGCAAUAGCUUAGAUAUACUGAGACUUGAUAAGUGAAUCUGUCUGUAUAAUGACACAUUAAAAGGCUUUAUAGUGUUAACAUGGAACACUUAUAACUAGUAUCAGCACAUGUUGCUGAAAUAUAUUGAAUUCUUGUGUAAGGAUAAUUUAUCCAUCUGUGUCAAUUUUAUUUGUUUUAUGUGUUGCAGUUUAUUAAAUGGAAACAGCUGU